AUGCAGAACGACUCGAUCCUCGUGGCAUCUGAGACGAAAACAUUCCGCAGCAGUGAAGAACAAACCACGGGCCACGAACCAGGACGACAACUCACAAAGCUUGGACCCGGCGUUGCCAACUCCAUCUUCGAUUCUGAUGGACGAUCAUGGAGAAGGCGGAAAUUUUCUCUGCUCCACGUCGGCGCACACGUACCGCAUGUCUUGGCACAGCUGGCCACAGCGGCAGAUGGGAGAUGGUUGAUGGAUCGUGGCCCUCUGUCUCCCCAUGGCGGCAGAGGCAGAGGCAGUCAGUCGGUCAGCGACAGUUUGGGGGCCAGAGUGCCAGACUACCAAGUACCAACUUCCAAAACUUCCAACAACUCUGGAACUGCAUGGCGCGACAACGUCGCACACAAUGGACCAUUUCAGGGCUACCGCGUCGAUCCCAUUCUCCCCCCGAAGAGACGCCACAUUGAUCCGACCCCCCUGAUAUUUGGCUCUCCGGAGUACAGAUUACCGCAGUCGGGUGCACAACAGAGAUCAGUGACUGGAGAGGUUGUCAGCAAAUCUAGGUCAUCCGCUAAAGGGGGGACCGAGGGGCUGAGCGCAGACUCCCUGUUGGUCGCGCCUAGUAAUGAGAGGGAAAGAAUUGAGGGGGAUGAGGCCACUGAGCCAACCGACAUACUGCCGCUCCGACUCAUUACCUUCUCCUCCGCUUCCAAGUUUCCGCUUUAUCGGACUAUUCCCGACACAUCUAUGGCCACCAUAGUCCGUACACAGUAUGAUAUAUCCCGCAGAGAAAAGGGGUCAGGUUGCACGAGGUCUUCUGUUACGUCACUCACUGCAAACAAACAACACCUAUGGCUUUUUCGUAGGGCAGGGCUCCCGAUAAGAAUUUGCGGUGAGAGGCGGGCCGGCGCCAAGUUGCAACUGUGCCGGAGUGUAGGGCACAUGCGAAUAGGGGCGCAAAAGGGAUCGACUGGCUACCGCUUCGUCGCAGAUAUUUCCAGUCGGCGGCAGUGUAAAGUCAGCUACAGCACGCGCGCCGCGUCUAUGGAUAAUUCGUCUCACGUCUCUUCACGUCACAUCAAGAUGGGCAGGGUCAAAACGGUCACCCUAAGGUUAACGGAUCAGGACGCUACGGGCCUACGGGGAGACUCUCUCGAGAGGAGACCGCACGUCAAGCAGACGGACCCCCCGGCUAAGCGGCAGUCUCUCAUGGCGUUUUCAUUUUUAGCCCUUUUGUGGCUCACUCUGUUGAACGGUGAGUGGACAGAGCGUGAGAAAUGGCUGGGGUUUCAUGUGAGGGGAAAGAACGGUAAACUACGAAUAUUUGGAAACAGAAUCUGGCAGAUUGAUGCAACGGUCGGCUGGCUGAGCCUCUGA